GUGAAAGAGGGCAACGUCCGGUUCCCCUCGCAGUCUCGCAGACACAUGCUUCCAUUUCAAUUCAAGCCCCAAAAACUGCAUGUAUCACGUGUUAGUUUUUCAUCAUGCAGAUUUAUUUGGCUGCUACAAACAGGGCCGGUUCUGGGCAAAGCCUAACGAAACAUUGACCUUAGGCCCCCAAAAAUUUUGGAAAAAAUUACAUAGAAAAAAACCACUAAACUUUUUUUUAAGUCCCCAAAUUUACCAAAAAAAUUUAUAGCGGAAACUUUUUAAAAACCGCCUACAUCCCCCUAGAUCUCAGGACCGGCCCCGGGUACAAAUACAUAAUAAAAUUUACAACGUCAAGAGACGAGAGAUAAAGUUGCACAACAUAUUGUUCUGUUAAAGUUUCGAUAAAGUUGCACAACAUACAAUGUUGUGCAACUUUUGCAACGCUAUUGUCAACAAUUACACGCACAACAAUGUUCAAAAACUUUAUUCAUUAUUAGUAAUAUGUGAGAUUUGUAACAUGUCCCAUUUUUCCAACCUAUUUUGACCCGUAUACCCUACUUAGACAACCUUAGUGAGAAAAAUAAACUUUGAUACGAAGUCUGUUGAAUUGUAUUAUGUUUCAAAGAUGUAUAUAUAAUUACAAGAACACAAACGGAGGUUUUCUACUUCACCUCUAAUAAUCUAAUAUAUCCAUUAACAAUAUCCAGACCAGUCUUCGUCAAACAACAUGCCAUUAUACGAAAUCAAACUUUAGGAACUAAAGUUUAGUAAAAUGUAAAAAAUAUAUAUUAGAUAAGUUGUAGUAGACCAAACUAGCAAUGGGUGGCGCACACGUUUGUUUCUGUUUGACCAAACAUCAAUUACAAAGACCAUCUCAAUUCCUUUCCCUUUUCUUGCACAUUACCCUGUCCCUAUCCUCUGUUUCUUCUUCCCAUUUUCCCUUUGUUAUUUUUCUUAUCUAUUUUGUUUUGUUUCUAUCCUCAUCAAGAUUUAUAGUCUCACAUCGUUGCUUCAUCAAACACAAUAUAUACCUUGAUUUCAGUUUGUCGUAUGAUUUUCUUUCUCUAUCGCUGAUUCUAUCUAAUGGGUAAUUGCUUUGGUUCAUCUGCAAAAGUAGAUAGCAGAGAAAGUCCAUAUUGUGGAUCCUCAAGAAUCUAUGCCAAACCGAGCCAAUCGUCUCGCCUCUCAAGCCUAACCAUACCACCGCCAUCUUACAGCGAUGACAGGAGUUCCACCUCUCUUCCCACUCCAAGAAGUGAAGGAGUGCUCUUAGCAUCUCCCACGCUAAAGGCCUUUACGUUUAACGAUCUAAAGACAGCCACUAGGAACUUCAGACCUGAUAGUGUUAUCGGUGAAGGCGGUUUUGGUUAUGUUUACAAAGGAUGGAUUAACGAGCGGACGUUAACGCCUUCAAAACCAGGAUCAGGCAUCGUUGUUGCUGUCAAAAAGCUUAAAGACGAUACGCCUCAAGGACACAAGGAGUGGUUGGCUGAGGUUGACUAUCUGGGGAGGCUUCACCAUAUGAAUCUUGUGAAAUUAAUUGGAUACUGCUUGAAGGGUGAUUACAUUAGGCUUUUGGUAUACGAGUACAUGCCCAAAGGAAGCUUAGAAAGUCAUCUAUUUAGACGUGGGGCAGAGCCGAUUCCGUGGAAAACAAGGAUGAAAGUGGCAAUUAGUGCCGCGAGAGGGCUUGCUUUCCUUCACGAUGCACAAGUCAUAUAUCGAGACUUCAAGGCCUCCAAUAUUCUACUAGAUUCGGACUUCAAUGCAAAGCUUUCUGAUUUUGGUUUGGCGAGAGAAGGACCAAAAGGAGACAGAACACACGUAUCAACCCAAGUGAUGGGAACUCAUGGGUAUGCAGCACCUGAAUAUGUCUCCACGGGUCGAAUAACCACAAAAAGCGACGUCUACAGCUUCGGUGUGGUCUUGCUCGAGUUACUCUCAGGACGUCCAACUGUAGACCAAUCGAAAGUCGGAGUGGAAAGAAAUCUAGUGGAUUGGGCAAUACCUUACUUAGGAGCUGAUAGAAGGAAAGUGUUUAGGAUAAUGGACACAAAACUUGAAGGACAGUAUCCUCACAAAGGGGCUUGUUUGGCUGCUAAUAUUGCGUUGCAGUGUCUCAAUCAAGAGGCUAAGUUGAGGCCAAAUAUGUCGGAUGUAUUAUCUACUCUUGAAGAGCUUCAGAUGAAGAGUUCUACAUCAAAGACGGAGAAACGGAGAGUUAAAGCUCCGGGUGCUUCUCCGGUGGUGACUCGUCGGAGAGGUCCACAUGACAGGUGAGGCAGCAGCCGAAGAUAAUUUAGGUCUUAAUUAUGAGUGUAUGUAUUUUUGUUUUUGGUAAGGGUCCGUCGUUAAUUAACAUCACAUUCUACAUUGGUCACAAAAAUGAAAAAUAGACGAUUCUCCUAAAUAGACAAUUUUCAAGUUUUGGUCAUAAAAAUAGAAUACAAA